CAACAACGUCAAUUUUGAAUAGCGACCGGUCUCUUUCCCAGUCUCAGAGCCAAACUACUUGCAUUUAUGAGCCACAAACUGCUUGGGAACCACAUCAUGCCAACCUCUUCUGAAUGGCUAAAUAUCUUUAAAAUUAUAGGCCCCAACAACGGCCCAGUGGUGGCUUCCUAAGGAGGUUCGCUUGAUAGUCAGAAGUAGAUCGAGGCCUCUUCCAUCUUUAAGAAAUGUCUACCAAGCACCUAAGCCUACUUCAUUGUCUCACGGCAGUGAUGCCCCUUCUCUUUUGGUCAAGUACAGUUGGAAACGAACUCAUGAAGUAUACUAUGGAUGGAUCAGGCGAAUUUAACACGACCUAUAGAAACAAUGAAACGAAUUCAACAGCUUUAUUUACCAAAAGCUUUAGUGGCGAUUCAUGCAGGAGUUUUGCAUAUAACUGGUCGUUGCAUGAACUACCCCCUGAGAUAGGUAACAUGACAGGGGAGCCAGCAGACGAUCCAGUUGAUGUUCACGUGACGAUGAACGUAGCAGGUCAAGACAAUGGUACUACAAUUAUGGUCUUCUUCCAAUACCCACAAAAAGCUAUGAUAAAGCCGAAAGGUUUUUUUUUCGCUGCCCAUGGAGGGAAAGACCCCAUGAACCCUCAAUGCUACUUUGUAAUAAUAGAUAUGCUACACCCCGCCUUCCAGGAUGAGGUGCCCCUGUACUACGAAUUUCCAGAUGCUCUUUAUGACCAUGAUACUUACACGGUGUAUGCGGUCAGUUUGCCUCUGCCUCCAGUAAGACCAAAAAUGCCAGAGGAGCCUGUCGUUCUUAUAAAAACUGGCGAUACAGCUUAUGGAAAGACAACCUUAGCAGAGGUAGCUCCGAUCUGGAGCCCCUACAUAGUGUUACGUCGCUUAACGGACGAGGACGACUUUGAGGUGAAGUUUAAUGAGAACAGAAACUUCUUCUCGGGCAGAACAUUUGGUGUGACCUACACCCUGUCCGAAACGGGGGAGCAAUCGCCGGAGCAAAUGGUUGCGUAUGAUGAAACUUGCCAAACGAGCGAAAAAAAACAGGAAUGCGCCAUUACUUAUGAAAACGUGGUUGGAACUUUUAAAGUUUCUAUCAGAUCUUUCCAUCCAUUAUGUAACGACUCCUGCGCUGUAACUGAAAGUGACUUUUACACAGUCUUAAAGAAAGAAAUUCGCGUAAUGACUACUGUCCCGAAAAUGAUUCCACAAACAAUGACCACGACCGCAAUGAUGACCACUAUGCCUGCUACCACCAUGAAGGCCGUCACACAUAUGGAAACAACUACACAGUCGACGACCAUGAGCACACUAAGGCCGUUAACCCAUUCGAGCACCACCGAGAGGACCACAGUGCUGGAGACUUCCGAAAUGAUAACGGAGCCUCAAGUUCAAGCAGCCAUGUCGAACGAGAAGACCAAGAGCAGCAACAACACGCUGGUCGGGGGUCUGAUGGGAGGACUGGCGGCCGCGGGCCUGUUCACCAUGAUCGUUGUCCUGUUUGCCGUCAUGGAGAAAUCGAAACCAGCAAAAGUGAAGGGUAAAAAAUCAACGAAGUAGCUGCGAGCAAUGAAUACAAAGUUUCCACCCAGAAUCUAGUUUUUAAACAUCAAAACCACAAACGCUGGGCAGUGCUUGCUAUUCAAAUACCAUGGAGCCUUUCUAGGGAUUGAAGAGCAGAUAGAUGUUGCCAACUACACAUCCAGAAGAUUUUCAAACUCCAUAGAUGGAUAGAAUGUUUUUAUUUACUUUAUGUAUACUCGCCAUAAUUUAGACAAGGUUGUCCAUCUAGGAUCUUGUACAAUUUUAAUUUAUAAUAUUUAUUUAUGCAUUCAUAUUUGAAUGAUAGAACAAAGAAUAUUUUGUCUUUGAAUAUUUCAUCAAGUAAAUAUUCGAUUUAUAGAAACUGAUAACACAA